AUGCUUUUAGGCAAAAUAUCAAUGGUUGAUCUCAUUAAUGAUGGCGCCAGUUCCAGAAACCUGAUCACUCAAUUCAAUGACAUAAUUAGAAAAUCGACGAGUCUUCCAGAUAGUAGUUGCAAUGACAAAAAUCUUGCGGAUGUAAUGUGCGCUGAUGGGCGGAGUCAGACUAGGACGUCGGAUCGCGGCGGGCACGACCGACAAGGCCGAUUAACUGGAGAUAACAAUUCGGUGCACUAUCCGCCUCAUCCAACCGACAAAUACUACUAG